AUGGCCGUAACUCUGUUCAGCUGCGAAUUGGGAGAAGGGAGAGUUUUGAGCAUUAUAAAAGACGAGGCGGAGUAUUUUAUAGAUCUCCGGAUUGUUGAAAACGACGAUCAGCCGUCUAGGAAAGGCCAGCGCCUAUCACUGAGCCGUUGGAAGAACCUAAUCAACAACAUUGAAGACAUAGAAAAGGAAUUAGAGAGUAUGAAAAAUAAAGAGGACGUCGACUACCGACUUCACUUGGGAGGUCAUCUGUGUAAUCUGGGUAAGUCUCAUCGAAACAACACCAACAUAUCAUCGAUAUAUGUCGGUGAAUUCGGAAAGGGUGACGCAGAAAACGCCUUUAAUGAAAAAUAUUCAGGUUACAUACCUCAAUGCGCAGGGACUCAGGAGAAGGUCUGGAAUCGAACUGCCUGGUGGCAGGUUACCUUCAAAUCUCUUUCGAUGAUAUUUAAAAUCAACUUAAUCUUCAGAGAGGAAUACUCUCGACAUGAAAAAUAUUACGUCUUCAUCACCAAUCAUACGGUAACACCAGAGAAGCUGAACGCCCUUAAUCCUGUGUAUCAUGACGAACACGUCAAACCAAGCUACCAAAACACGAUCGUUUUCCCUGGGGGUCACCAUGGACUCCAAAUUUACAUCUUAGUAAACAGGACUGUCAACGAUAAGGACCAUGGCAAUUACGUGGAACUCUGUGAGGCGGAAGUUUUCGGUUGUGUACAUGCAACUAAUGGCGAUGUUCCUAGUUGUAAUUGCCCAAAUACCACAAUGGAUAAUAAACACUUAGUUCUGUGGGACAGCAGAAUUGCAUUUGGAAAUGGGACCGUCACCUUACACUGUUACAAGUACUACCUCUCUAUCAUGAACCUGACCAGUCAGACUGAGUCAGAAUUAGUGAGUAUUUUAGAGGCGUGUGACGGAAGACAACACUGUACCUUUCCAACAAGUCGGAAACUGAAAAACAACAUAAUCAGGUUUUAUUGCACUGACCGAUGUACAAAUAAGGCCUACAACAACACGAUUCCUGUCUCUCAACUGAUGACAGAUUCAGAUAUAUCAUAUAAUUUAAAAGUCAGCAAUAAUUUCACUGCGUUCCUUAAGUCUCGAAAAUUAAACUGUGCGGAGCGACAUGUACUGACCAACGGAAACCUCACUCUGCAGUGUCAACGAAAGGGCCAGUGGAUUGGGAAAGCCCCAGUGUGCAAUGUUACAUGUCAGGAACCAACACACGAGAACAGUACAACAAUUCGGCAAUCUGCUCCUUCCCCAAAAUAUUUUGUGGACCAUAUUAUCUCCUACGCCUGCAGGAAGAAUCAUCGUCUCGUGAAAGGGAAUUUAACGAGUGUUUGUAACGAGAGUGGUGAUUGGACAGGAGAUCAGCCUGUCUGUAAACGUUGUAAGUGUCCGUGUGAGCGGUUAAAGUCUCAGAAUUUUAUCACAGACCCUCAAGUACUUCAAAACAGAAUUAAAGAAAUGGAAAAAGAAUUGAAAAUCAACGAGAAGGCUCUUUCAACCACAGUGAGGAAGAAGACUUGCGCAAAGGACGAAAGAAAAUCAGCGAAAGGAAUUGGUUCCGUCCUUGGGAUCGGGAUAAUCGCUCUGGUUGUGUCCAUUAUUGUUUGUAGUGACAUCCCAAUACUCUAUAGACACAUCCGUUACGGUCCCGAAUCUGGCUAAUAAAGCGGGCUGAUUUGCUACGUGAAAUUCUGAAUAAAAAUAUACGGUCAUUAUUGCAUGUGUAUUGCAUGCUAAGGUCUUUUUAAACUCUAAAACUGAACUUUUAGAAUUCUGUGUUCAUGAAUGAAAUCAUAUAAAUGUUUGUAUAAAAUAGUAUUCAGAAGAUACAAGUUUAUGAAAUUGGUAUAUUAUUAGGACUCUGUCUGAGUCCUUUAUACUAUUUAGUAGUAAGAGUUUUUAAUAGAGCAACAUAUUCGUCUAGUACAGGAGAUGCUAUAGGACAUGAGAUAUCCUUUAUACAUUAGUUGCCCCGAUAUGUCCUAUAUCAGCCAACGUAAUAUUUUUUUAUUUAUCUAGAAUCCGUGACUAAAAACCCUAGCUGCUCAGGCCUGCUCUGUAAUAUCGAUAUCAUUCGAUUCAAAUAAUGGAGGUACACGGUCCACAGUAUAGUAAAUUAGUCUCAGGUUCUUAGGGUAUUGUUGAAAAAAUGUCGUUGAUAAGAUUAGCCUUAAAUCUGUUAGUAUUUAUUUUUCAUUCCAUAUAUAUCAUAUUUAUAAUAUUAUGAUAUCAUCAAUAUUAUUUUAGGAUAUUAUCAAUAUUUUCCUUGCUUUUGUUAAUGGACUUGUUCUUGCUUUUUGUUUUCACUUGUGUUUUAUCAACUCUCCACCCCUUUUCUUGGCAUAUUAAAAAAGUAUAAAGGAUUGAUCGUAUCUCCUCUAAGCCUCGUUUUGUCUUCUGUUUAUUAGCCUUAUCUACAAACUUGAUUGUAUUCACUGUGUAUUGUUGUUUCAAGGAUGCUCUGUUAUAUCUUACCUUUGAAUAUGCUUAUGAUUGAGAGUAUGUUUAAAUAUGUUUUAGUAAAC